AACGUGUUUCGGGUCAAAUAAACCCACCCGAUAAUGAUGCUAAUUAAGCAAGUUAAGAAUCCGACGGACACGAGUGAUUCUCACCGAUCGAUCUUGCCGUGAGGACUAAGGAGAAAACGCUUUACUGAUCAAAGAUCACGACGAUUCAUAUCGGUGAGCAACUCAACCUUCGAUUCAAUCCAAACCAUAAUCCUAGGGUUUCAAAAUUUCUCACUUUGGUUUGAAACCCUAGGCUCUGGUUCGUUUUACCAAUUUGUCGCAUGAUCUAUGGCGGGUAAAUUGUGUUGAUACGAUACAAGGUCCGGAUUUGGAGAAUGAGAGCUGUGAAUUUCAUGUAUAGCUCGAGCAAUCCCAGAUUUCGAGGGAUUUUUAAUGGGCUUUGCGCUGUAAUUUUAUUAGUCUUCUUCUUCGAUCAGAGCAAUACAUUCAGGAACCCUUUAUUAAAGAAUCUGUCUUUCGGUGAUGGUAGUGGCAGAGGAUUGGUUUCCCAAGGUCAAUUUAGUAAUGGGUUUAGCAAGUUUACUGUAAUUCGUCGACAUAUGAUGAGUGAAGUUGACACUCGUGGUUCUUCUGGUGGUAAUAACAGCUUGAGUGGUGAUAGUACUGUAUCGUGCUCUUGGUUGCAUGAACACAGAGGUUAUGCUGAUCAGUGUGAGUUCUUGAAAUCGAACCCGAUUUGUUCUCCAGAUGGGUUCUUUGAUUAUCUCAACUUCUUUUACUGUACCUGCAGAGAUUUUAAGAUCUUGGGUUAUAUUGUGUUAGGAGUUUGGCUUGUUGCUCUGUUUUAUCUCUUGGGUAAUACUGCUGCUGAUUACUUUUGUUGUUCGUUGGAGAAGCUUUCUAAGCUUUUGAAGUUGCCUCCAACUGUUGCUGGUGUUACUCUGCUUCCACUUGGUAACGGAGCGCCUGAUGUGUUUGCGAGUAUAGCUGCUUUCGUUGGUUCAGAUAAAGGGGAAGUUGGUCUUAACAGCGUCUUGGGUGGUGCGGUGUUUGUAACUUGUGUUGUUGCUGGGAUUGUUUCUCUUUGUGUUGCGGAUCAAGAAGUUAAGAUCGAUAAGAAAUGUUUCAUCAGAGACUUGAGUUUCUUCCUUUUCACACUGGUGGCUUUGAUGGUUAUUUUGAUGGUUGGUAAGGUGACUGUGGGUAUAGCCAUUGCGUUUGUCUCUAUCUAUGUACUUUAUGCUUUUCUCGUGGCUGCGAAUGAGAUUUUGAGGAAACAUUCGAGGAGGUUGAAACUGGAUUCUUUUACGCCUUUGCUCCCGAUGCAAGGAAGUGUGUUCUCCCCAAGUGUUGAGGAGGAUAUUCCUAUGUACAGCUCAUUGCUAGAACUUGACACCGAGGAAGGUCCACCUCGGCUGCAUGAUUCUCUACCACAGUGGAUGUGGGCUACUAAUGUAGCCAUCUAUUCAAACCAUUUCGCAAAAGCCAAUGUGCAUGAUGACGAAAGACCUCCAUGGGGAUGGACCGAAGAUGGUGCAGAAGUCGAGAGCUCGUUGUUUUUGAAAGUCACGUCCAUGUUUGAAAUGCCAUUGACGGUUCCUAGACGGCUGACAAUCCCUUUAAUCGAGGAAGAUAGGUGGUCAAAGACAUAUGCUGUGGCUAGUGUAUCAUUAGCUCCUGUCCUUCUUUCCUUUCUUUGGAGCAGCCAAGAUGAUACGAGUCUUCAAGCUAGCGUUGUAGCCUACUUUAUCGGAAUUGCGAUUGGAUCUACUCUUGGGUUUCUUGCAUUCAAAAACACAGAGCCCGAUCGUCCCCCUCAAAGAUACUUAAUCCCUUGGGUACUCGGUGGAUUCAUCAUGAGCAUUGUAUGGUUCUACAUGAUUGCAAACGAACUUGUUGCCCUUUUGGUCACGUUUGGUGGAAUCUAUGGAAUCAACCCGUCGAUACUUGGUCUAACCGUACUUGCUUGGGGAAACUCGAUGGGUGACUUAGUGUCAAACAUUGCAUUGUCGAUGAAUGGUGGGGAUGGCGUACAAAUUGCAUUAUCAGGUUGCUACGCAGGUCCAAUGUUCAACACGCUUGUUGGAUUAGGUAUGUCGAUGUUUCUUGGUGCUUGGUCGAAGAGUCCAGAGACUUACAUGAUCCCGGAAGACAAUAGCUUGUUUUACACUCUAGGAUUUCUAAUAAUUGGUUUGAUCUGGGCUCUUGUGAUGCUCCCUCGCAACGAGAUGCGACCGAGCAAAGUGAUGGGCAUUGGUCUGAUCACAUUGUAUCUGAUAUUUGUCACUUUCAGGCUCAGCUCUGCCAUGGGAUUCAUACCUUGGGCUUCUUGAAACGCAAUUGUAACCAGCUUCUGUAUCGGCUUAUUUGUAUACAUUGUCUAGUUAGAGAUACAAGUACAUGUCCACUUGUUUGUUUGUUGUAUCAUCAUAUAUUUGAUAAUGAAUUUGAGCCAUUAGAUCUGGA